AUGGAGAAAGAGAAAUCAGACAACUCUGGUUUGAUUCAGGGUAAUGCAGAGAAGAAACCGACGAAGAAAGCUUCUUCUUCUGAUUCAUUGAAAAGUCUUGGCGAUGGAUCAUCAUCAUCAUCUGUUCCUGUUUCUCAGUCUCAUGGUAGUACCCAAAACCAAUAUCAACGGAACUCAUACAAGAACCAAACUGGUAAUCACCAUCCUAGUCAAAGUCGCAAUCAGGAACAUGGCAAUCAUAAUUGGAAUCUCCACAGAAACUUUAAUGGUCAAGUAGGAUUUGCACAACCUCCAAGAAGCGGAUUUGCACAACCACCACUAGGUAUACCGGGAUUUGUACAACAUGCACCACCACCACCAAUGCCGCCACACUUUUAUCCGUUUAGCGGUCCUAUGGUAUUCCCUGAAUGGGCUUCAUUGCCGAUGUAUCAUCCUCAUCACAUGCCUUUCAUCGAAUCUCCUCCUUACGUCUUUUUGGUUCAAAAUUCUUCCUCAAAAGCCAGCCAAUUUCAAGAUUCUUCCUUAGAAACCAAGAUACGGAAUCAGGUUCAUUAUUACUUUAGUGAGGAGAAUUUACGUCAUGACGAGUUCCUGCGUAAGCGGAUGAAUGAUGAAGGCUUUGUUAAUAUACAAUUUAUUGCGGGUUUCAAAAAGCUCAAAGCAUUGACAAGUAAUAUCGAGCUUAUAUUGGAUGCUCUUCAAGGUUCAGAUGUUGUUGAAUUGAAGGGUUACGAGAUAAGGAAACGGUAUAAAUGGAGAAAGUUUUUAAUGCAUAUAGACUUGCGGACUCCUUUUUAUCCAAGCCCGGAAUGUGAAAUGACAAGCAGAGUCCAAAACAUGUCGUUUGAGCCGAAAGCAGAUGAUCUCGAAUCAAGUUCAAGCAAUCCAUGA